AUGGAAGAGACACGUAACAAAGAUACAGGCACAGAAAGAGGCCGAGAAAAGGAAUCAGAAAGAGUUGGUGAUACCAAAAGUAGAGACUUAGGUAAAGGAAGAGAUAUUGAUAGACCCAGGGAUUAUAACCGAGUUGGAGAUAUUGACCGUGUUAGAAAUGUCGACAGAGGCAGAGAUUUCGACAGAACCCGGGAUAUAGAUCGCCUCAGGGAUAUAGAUAGAAUCAGAGAUGUCGAUAGAGGUAGAGAGAGAAGUCGGGAUAGAGACAGAGAAAAAGAGAGGGAAAGAGAAAUUGAAAGAGAGCGUGGACGCUUCGAUCGAAGGUUAGUGGAAUUUUAA